AUGAUACAUAAAAAUAUCAGUGUGAACGACUUCAGGACAGAUACUAACGGUAGAGUCCUUUCAGUUGAUAUCAAUAUAAAUAAUAAACUCAUAAGGGUUGUCAAUCUUUAUGCUCCUCCGCAGUUAACUGACCGCAAGCACCUGUUCUCCUUCGUCCCUAACUAUCUUAUAGGAGGAAGAGAACUACUGAUAGCCGGAGAUUUCAACUGUGUACUCACACAACUCGACAAAAACGCUUGCCUUUACCCAGACGGCUUCCGCAAGAUAAUCAGCGAUCUAAUCUCUUGCUAUGAGCUCAGAGAUGCUUACAGGUCUAAAUACCCACUUUAUAAAGGUUAUACAUGGGAAGGAAAAGGAAUAAAAGAACGUCUUGAUAGGAUUUAUCUCAGCAAGCAUAUUGGUAAAAUAAAUAACAUAAGCAUCAACUUUCUCAACAACAACAGCAAGAAACUAUCUGAUCACAAACUGAUUAGCUUGGAUAUCAAUUGUUACUACAAGAAAAGCAGAUAUAACAAAAUCAAAAUAAAUUACACCAUCCUACAAGACAACACCUUCCAGAAAGACAUCAAAAGUAUCCUUGAUAAGAAUAAAUCUGAUAUAAACUGGCAGAAUUGGCAAGAAAUCAAAAACAUAAUCACCUCUAUCGCCAACAAUGCAUGGCUCAGAAUCAAACAUAAUAACUUCAACAAGAUAAAACACCUCCAAAAGGAACUCAGCAGAAAAAUUACAGACAAUAAUAGAGAAGCUGCUCUGGCUAUAGAAAAUGAUAUCAGUAAUGAAUAUGAAAACAAAAUAAAGGACAGUUACAUCAACUACAGGAUGAGCAAAUUAGGUAUAGAAAGGCAUACUGAAAAAAUCGUUUUUAAAAAGAAAAUCAAACCCAACAAAUCUCUAACAUUAAACAGCAUUAUUGUAAACGGCAUCCAUAUUCCCGAUGAUAAACGCAUCCUUGAAGAAUUUCACAAAUUCGACACAAACCUCUAUAAACAUCCGUCGACCAAUGGGCCAUCUGGGAACAAAUAA